AUGGUGACGGUUUGGCUUUCUAGAUUCCUCGCCAACCUCAAAAAUUUCCAGAUUCUGCCCCAAAUUGCCGUCAUUUGUGUGCUGCUCCUCGUCGAAACCGCGCGCGCAAACUACAUUGUCGUCGCCGACGGACGUCUUCUGUGCCACGGCGAACCGCUCGCCAACCAGACCGUCCGGCUCUACGAAAAGACGUUGCGUAAGCAAAUUUCGGGGGGUCCCGCCACGAAACGGCUACUGUAGCUCGUCACGUUUUGCAGUCGGCUCGGAUCGUGUGUUGGGCCAGCAAAGCACCGACUUUGACGGAGAGUUUUAUAUUGCCGGGAACGCGUCGACCGACGGGUUUUUGAUGAAAACUAAGAGCUUUUUGGGCCUUCAAGGCAAACCGUACCUUUUUAUUGAGCAUAAUUGUACUAGGGUGAGUUGAUUUUUAUUAAAAAAAAUUUUUUUUUUUUAAUUUAAAAAUUUUCAGAAAUACCGCGUGGAAGACGUGGAACUCGAGUGCACCGGAUUCGUGCGUCGCAUCAUUCCCGACUUGUUCGUCUCGGAUCUGAACGCCAAGGACCAUUAUGUAGGGCAAAAAAAUCCAUGAAAAUUUCUAGUGCCCAACGUUUUUUUUUCAGCUCUACGACAUGGGGACCGUGGAGUUGAGCGAUGAUCAUUCGAUUUCCGAUCAGAUGGGCGUCGAUUUCAUCACGGACAACCUUCGAAGAGCCGCCAAAUGCGAAAAAAUUGGAUAA